GCCCGGCCAGCCGCUCCGCGCCCGCCCGCUUUCCCGCCGGCCUCGUGCGCCCUCGACCCAGCGGGCACCAUGCACCUCUCCCAGCUGCUGGCCUGCGCCCUACUGCUCACGCUGCUCUCGCUCCGGCCCUCCGAAGCCAAGCCCGGGGCGCAGCCGAAGGUUCCACGCACCCCGCCGGGGGAGGAGGUGGCCGAGCCCCAGGCUGCGGGUGGCGGUCAGAAGAAGGGCGACAAGGCUCCUGGGGGCGGCAGCGCCAACCUCAAGGGUGACAGGUCGCGACUGCUCCGGGACCUGCGCGUGGACACCAAGUCGCGGGCAGCGUGGGCCCGCCUACUGCACGAGCACCCCAACGCGCGCAAGUACAAAGGGGGCAACAAGAAGGGGUUGUCCAAGGGCUGCUUCGGCCUCAAGCUGGACCGGAUUGGCUCCAUGAGCGGCCUGGGAUGUUAGUGCGGCGACCCCUGGCGGCGGACUGGGCAUUUGCUCCAUUGUGAUGAGGUCACCCUUGGUCACCAGCCUGCCAGCAUCUGGAAGCACCUCCAGCGCAAUGUGGCUUUGACAUUUCUUUUUGUUGUUUUGUUUUUUUCCCCUGGUACUGGGAAUACACAACACCAGCUGUUUGAUUAUUAUUUGGAGGGGGGUGUGAUUUUAUUGUUUGUUUGUUUUUUAAAAUGAAAAAUAAAAAAGUUAUAUA